CCCCGGGCCCGCCGCGCUCCCUCCCGCCUUCCUUCCUUCCGCCGCCCCAACCGGGCCCGGCCCGGGCCCCGCCGCCCCGGCCCGCCAUGGAGGCGAAUCCGCCGAAGCGGAAGGAGACACGCAAAUCGCUACGGAUUAAAGUCAUCUCCAUGGGCAACGCGGAGGUGGGCAAGAGCUGCAUUAUAAAGCGUUAUUGUGAGAAGAGGUUUGUUCCCAAAUACCUGGCAACUAUUGGUAUUGACUACGGCGUUACAAAAGUGCAGGUCAGAGACCGAGAGAUCAAGGUGAACAUCUUUGACAUGGCGGGGCACCCAUUCUUCUGUGAGGUGAGGAACGAGUUUUACAAGGACACGCAGGGAGUCAUCCUGGUCUAUGACGUUGGACAAAAGGAGUCUUUCGACGCGCUGGACGCAUGGCUGGCUGAGAUGAAGCAGGAGCUAGGCCCCCAUGGGAACAUGGAGAACAUUGUCUUCGUUGUCUGUGCGAACAAGAUUGACUGCACCAAGCACCGCAGCGUGGAUGAAAGCGAGGGGCGGCUCUGGGCAGAGAGCCGGGGCUUUCUUUACUUUGAGACAUCAGCACAAACAGGAGAAGGAAUCAACGAGAUGUUUCAGACUUUCUACUCCGCCAUCAUCGACCUGUGUGACAACGGCGGGAAACGCCCUCCUUCCAGCAUGGGGGUCGGCUUCACCAAAGAGCAGGCAGAUGCCAUUCGCAGGAUCCGCAACAGCAAGGACAGCUGGGACAUGCUGGGGGUCAAACCUGGAGCCACAAGGGAUGAAGUGAACAAAGCCUAUCGGAAGCUGGCCGUGCUGCUCCACCCUGAUAAGUGUGUGGCUCCCGGCAGCGAGGACGCCUUCAAAGCAGUGGUGAACGCCCGGACCGCGCUUCUAAAAAACAUCAAGUAGGAAACAGAGCCACUCGGAGCUGGAAACCUUCCCCUCUUCCCAGCUAGCUCCCAGGCAGCUGUACAGCUGUGGGGCACCCCUCUCCUCCUCACGCUUACUGCUGGCAUGGACACAGACGCUCCCAGCACUGGCUGUGGGAGCAGGACUGCAUCUGACCAUAGUGUGCUUGCCGUGUGCUGGAAAGGGGGCAGAGUGCUGAGGAGGGGAGAGGGACCCCAGAUCCCUCCCCUGCAUCCGUGGUUGGUGCAAGUGCUGAAAGCAGUGAGGUCCCCAGCUUCCCGGCUGUGUUAUACCUCCUGGGAGUUACCAGCUGUGGAGGGGCUUGGCUGCGUGGCUCUAACCUGUGGAUGCAGCGAGGGCAGAGCGAGAUCUGACCCGAAAGCUACUGCGCCUGAAAGCAUUGGCGUCGUGGGUGGAGGAUGCCCAGGAGGGGUAAUGGGUUGUCAGUCCUUCUGGGUUAUCCUAGAACCACCUCUGCAAGGCUGCCCGUGCUGAAAGCUGCACGGGCACUGCUGAGCACCGGGGUGGUUCAGCAUCCCGGGCAACGCUGGCUCCUUCCAGCUGACACCCAAGGAUGCUGCUUUUGGCAGUGAGGAGAAGGGUGGGUUGCCUGAGGAAACCUCCUCUGGUACUGCAGGGAGAAACUGGCUCCAAGACUGUCCUUUUGCCCUUCCUCCCCAAGCUAUUGUGGUGCCAAGAAUGGUCCCUUUGGCAGGACAAGGGCUCUCCCUGAGGCACCCACCUCCUCAUCACAGCACAGAGUCUCCUGCCACCACCUCCUUCCAUCUCCCUGAGCUAAACUCAUCGGGAAGAGCCCCUGAGGCUGCAGUCCCUCAAGCCACACGCUCCCUCUCCCAGCCCUCUGCUUGCACCGUGCUGGUGAGCUCUGGGUAGGUGCCACUGUGAGGGACUGUCCUCUGGUGUGGGUGGCCCUAGCUAUUUGCAGGCAGGAGGGGGGUGUUGAACCAAGGAGGAGGCAAUUCAGCCCGCAACAUGGCUGCUUGUGAGCUCUGCCCUUCCUCCCCUCAGCCAGCUUCGCCUCCCGAGCUUCACCCACACCACAGAGCUGCAUGGGUGCCUGCGAUCUGCCCGCUCGCUUGGCCCCACGGCGCUCUCGGGUGAGGCGAGCGGUGGAGGGGGCACGUUCUCCCCCAGCCCUCUUCUCACAGCAGCAACGCAUCGCCCUGCUUUGCUGGUUGUGUUAUGGGUUGCGGAUCAGCAGGUGGGUGUGGGUUGCUCCCUCCUAGUCACAGCUGCUGUUUGAAUAAUCUUGUUGAUGUAGAGAGGAGCAUUGCUGGUCACCCCAGCAAGUGCUUGUAGAGGCUUAAGAUCUGGCCGUUGUGUUCCUGAGGGAGGUCAGAGCCAUGAUGGCUGCUAAGCUCUUAGGGGAGAGUAAAUGGGAGAUUCCAUGGGCUCCCAUCAUUUUGUCAGGACCCAGUUUUAUUUUCUUGCUGCUGUAUGAGCUUGUCAGGGAAGGUCAGGAUGCUAAGCUACAAAAUGAAAGCCACUGAGUGUGUGCCUAUGCGUCCUUACCCCACCCUACAGGUAUCCUGUUCGAAAGUGUUUUCUCCUGUGGUCAGUGCAAUAUUUUUUUUCACUUCAAGGCAGCUUUUCUAUGUUUCACCUUCAAAAUAUAUCAUAAAUCAACAGUGGAUUCCCCCCCGCCCCUUUUUGGCAGCAAGCAUUAAGGGACUUUAAAGCCAGUAUCAUUUUGCUCUUGCUCUGGUUUCUGGUGCUGGGUUGCUGGGAAGACGAAAUAAGCUGUCCUGCUGGGAAGCACUUUUUGCUCCUCUGGUGUAGAAAUAACCAAGGGGAGACAUUGCUACAAGAGGUUAAUGUUAAAAAUAGCUCCAUUUUUCCUCCCCCAGAUGUAUAAAAAGCUGGGCUGGGGGAGAUCAGCAGGGCAGGCAUUGGAGCUGUGGUAAGUUACACUGAUGGGGUCUUGUUCCACACAUUUUAAAACGCUAUGGAGUUCACUGGAAACCUCUCCACUUGUCUAGUGGAGGAAACCACUUAAUUCUGGCUUCAAACCUAUUUCUCUGUAUUUUUUUUCCAUUGAGGUGGGUAAAUAAUCCUGUUGCUGAAUGGUGCACUUCACUUUGAGGGUGUGAUCUCAGUGCCUGGAGUGGUUUAAAGGCGUCCUCGGUUCCUGCUGCUCAGGGGCUCUCCAGGUCUAUUGUGCCACGCACGGUCCCUCCUGUUUGCUCCUCAGGUGACUCUGGCCACCGGUCUUGGGGUUUCUCCUGUCUGUUUACAGAGCUGACCGGAUGUUUGGAGACGAUUACACACGCAUGUCACGUCUAGCGAUGCCGGUGACCUUCUGAGUUGUGUUAUUUUUAUAAAUUAAACCCCCCUUUGGAACAAAGGAA